AUGAGCGCUAACCUUCGAGAUGCGCUGGCGGGAGAGUCGGAGGAUGGGUGGUCAGACGAGGAAGAGGAGGAGGAGGAAGAUUUCGGCCCGUGUGACCGUGAAACGAGGGAGCGCCCGGACUACAGCUCGAGUGCAUGGGGCGUACGACUGGCUAACUUGGAGAGCCUGCGGAUCGCCGGCAGGCUCGUCCCCUCCAGCAGGGAAGCGAAGGCUUUCCGCUCGGACUUCAGGGUUCCGCACGAGUUUUUCCGGCACUUCGUCGACCUCGUCAGAACCGUCUUCCCGACUGCUACCCGCGACGUUGCCGGGCGCCAGUGUGUUCCCUUGGAGCUCAAGGUGCUGGGGGUGCUGCAAGUCUUGGGAAGAGGGAACUGCUUCGCGGAUGUCGCUCAGCUCUCUCUCAUGAGCCGGCAAACGGCGGAGAAAUCGUUCCACCGGUUCUGCGACUGCUUCUCAUCGGGGUUGUGGCAUCAGUGGGUGACGCUGCCGGAGGGGGAGGUUCUCAAAAAGGUCGCGGGGGAGUACGGCGACAUGGGAUGUCCGGGGGCGGUGGCUUCGGUGGACUGCACCCACAUUUCCUGGCCGGCCUGUCCUUUCUCGGAGACUAACACCCACAAGGGCAAGGAGGGUUAUACGACCCUCGUGUACGAAGCGUCCUGCGACCACUCUGGUCGCAUCCUCUCGUCAACGAAGGGGUUCCCUGGGGCUGAAAACGACAAGACCGUGGUGAAGCGCGACCUGUCCGUACUUCGAAUGCGGGAGGAGGAGCCUUGGGCGAGCUACAAGUUCGUUCUCUUCGACCUGGAAGGCAACACUACGGAGCACACGGGAGGAUGGCUGAUCGUGGAUGGGGGGUACCACCGGGUGCCCUCUCUGAUUUGCCCAUUCAAGGAGUAUGCGAGUGAGGCACAGCAGGAAUGGAGCAAGAGGUUCGAGUCUAUUCGUAAGGACAUCGAAUGCUUGUUCGGACGACUCAAGGGGCGAUUUAGGCUUUUCAAGACCGGCAUCUUGUUCGGAACCCGGGAGAAGAUCGACAACGCUUGGUUCACGGCGUGCAUCAUCCACAACAUGCUACACCAGUUCGACGGUCUCGCAAACCUGGAGAAAGACGUGGACUGGGCAGGUAAAGACGGGGAGGCGGACCAGACCACGGGCGCAUUUCCUGUCCCGACGGCUGUGGUCGACACUGCCGGGGAGGAGGUGGACGAUGGCGACAACACCGAAGCGUUCAAGCUCUUCAGGCAGCAGCUCGUAAAUCACGUCGCCUACAAAAAGUAGCGGGGGGAAAUUUGUUGGUUUCGGGGGGCUUGAAUUUGUUCCACUAUUUGUUUUCGGUCACCACUUCUAAGGUAGAAUAGUAAUAUUUUCUCCAAGUACUGCCCCGUCUCCCCUCCGACCUUAUGUAUGUCUGGUGUACAUAAAAGAGGUUUGAACGAGAAGUGGGUGAACGCAAGAGUGUUGGCCGUUUUGGUGUACGGCGCCCCUCGUCCGUUCGGAGUGUUCUGUGGUUGGUUGUAGCCUUGUCGUCUCUGCUGGUAUAAACCAGUUGAUACACUUUCGAACCCAGGUUCCUUCUCUUGCUUUUGUGUGACCCCCGUGUAGGUAUUGUUUAUUUUGAAGUAUGCGAUGUGUACCUCGCUGCUUCUUUUCAUCAUGUGCCCCGUGCAAGGCUUGAACUGUCGAGUGUCGAAUCCUACCCGCUGUUGCUACAGUCGAUAGUUCGUAUAUUCACGUGUUGUGUUUGGUUGCCGUCAAAUGC